AUGGCUUUACAGGCCUUGGUGGGUCGUCCACCGGUCCUGUUUGAUUCCUGUUCCGCGAUUGCAGCUCUUGAAGAGGUAGUUCACUUAGCACAGAAGUAUGUGGAUGAGCGAUACUCGAGGUAUCAGAUAAUCCUCAGAAAGUGUCGCCCCCUGGUGGCAGACGCAUCCUUACAGAAUAUCCUGAUCAAAUUAGUGGCCUCGAAGGAGGAAGCUGAGAUUGCUAAGGCAAUCGAGAAGGCGAGAAAGUCAAGCCAAGCAGAGAAAAGUUUUUCACCGCCUGUUACAGCUGGGAAAACAAGGGGACCCUCCUAUAGAUACCGAAGAGGUCGUUAUAAAAAGGCCCGGACCUUUUCAAACAUAGGUCUCUAUCGAGAGUCCUCAGACGAAAUGUGGUUGAUGAAUAUGGUGGAAGAAACGUUUUCCUAUUUAAACAUUACCAAGAUCAAUUCAGCUGAGGUUCAAAACAACGGCGAUUGUGCGUUUGCCUGCCUAAACGAACCCAUGUGUUUUUCAUACAACUUAGAGGCAAGAGCCUCCAAAACAGGAACACGCGUAUGUGAGCUGCUGCCAUCGGAUAAGUACAACAACUCGGACGAAGUCAUCAUAAGCCAGAAAUUUCAUCAUUACAGCAUUCAGACACCUUGCAGCAGAGAACCCUGUCAAAACUAUGGCACCUGCGUACCGCGGUACGAGAAAAACAGUUAUGUGUGCGUUUGCAAAAUUGGAUUUGAGGGAAAAGAUUGCGAAACAGCUGUCUCAGAAUGCAAUCGGUACAAGAUUCUGAAUGACUCCGAUCGACUCAGCAAUCUUGGUCGCGGCAAAAAAUGCGAUAAAAAUUUGACAGAAGACUGGUACAGAUUCUCGGCGUGGGCUGGAACGAAUAUGCCUACACACUGCUUACCGAACCAUAGAUGCAGCACGGAUUUACCAGGGUGGAUGGACGGAGCACACCCAACGGCUGAUGAAGGAGUCGUUUCCAGAAAAGUUUGUUUUAGUGGCUAUGAUAACUGUUGUUACCGCAACAUUACAAUCAACGUACGGAAUUGCAGCUCCUUCUUUGUAUACAGACUGAAGCCAGUUUCAUAUUGCAACAGCCGCUACUGUGGAAAAAGUUAG